AUGUCGUCUUCGCUAACGACUACACGACGCCGUUCUACAUCAUCAAUCAUUAUAGUUGAUUCUGGUGAAGAAGAUUUAACAAAAUCUCUUUUAGCUCCUAAAACUCCUAAUAUCAUUUCAAAACGCCGUGGAUCGGUCGUUUCUAUUAAUUCGCCAACUUCUACAACAUUUUCAAUUAAAACGAAAACUGCCACCACUAAAAUUGCCGCCAAACCAACGGAAAUCACAAUAAUCGAUGGUAACAAUAGUGAUAAAGAUGAUCCUGCUGAAGAUGUCUUUCAUGAUGAUUUAAUUUUCAACAAUCAAUUUCAUGCUUCUAAAUCAAGAAAUUUAAAUCACUCACGUUCAUUAUCUCAACCAAUCAGAGCUUUAUCUACUUUAAAGUCUUCAAAAUCUAUGAAGAUUAAUAACAAUGAUAAUUAUUUAAUAUCACCCACCACCAUUAAUUAUGAUACUCAUUCAACAUAUAAAAUGCGUACAAAAUUAACAUCUCAAAAACUAUCAAAUUUCUUUGGUACAAAACCUCCAAUUGAUAUUUGCGUAAAAGAAAUAGAAAAAGAAGGACUAAAAGCUAUCCUGAAUUCUAAAAUACCUCUGUGUUACUUCUUAUAUUCGCUAUUAGAGGAAUAUUCUUCUGAAAAUCUAUUUUUUUUCCUAGAGGUUGAACAUUACGAGUCAAGAGUAUUUGAUAAUUCUACUCAACAAUUAGUCAUUGCUCAACAGAUUUUUGAUACUUAUCUAACUAGAAAGUCUCAAUUUGAAGUUAAUGUGGAUGAUAAAGUACGCAAAUCAAUAAUCGCAACCAUUAAAUCAGAACGUGACUUGCAUUAUUGUUUUCGUGAUGCUAAACAUGCUGUAUUUGCAUUAUUGGAGUGUAGCUUCUCCAGAUUUAUCAGAAGCUGUUUGACUGAUGUCAUGAAAAAGGAAAUUGGUCAACAUACCGCACAUUAUUCUCGUGAAGCUUAUGAAACUGCUGUCAGUUGGUUAUUUAAGUAUCUAGAAAAACUUGGUCCCAUCAAAGUCACUGAUUAUAUUAAUCACCAUCAAAAUAAUUUUAUUAAUAAUAAUCAUCAUCAUCAUAAUGUUUCAUCUGCAAAUCAUCUUUUACAAAAAUUUUUAAAAUCCAUCAAUAAUAACAUUAAUAAUAAUGAUAGUGAUCCUAAUAAUAGUGGUGAUAUUGGUAAUACCGAUUUUAAUCAUUUGACAAAUCUCUCAAAAUUUCAACCUUUGCCAUCCCCCAACUCUUCAGUAUCAAAAAAGAGAAAUGAAAUGAUAAAAAAUAUGACAUUGGAGUUUAUCACAAAUUUAUUGGAAAUAGAUAUUAAAGACUUAGAUAUGAUAGACAGUAGUAUAAGUAGUGAUAGUACUGUCAGCAGUACAAACAGUAAUGAGGAAUUUAAAAGUUUAAAUCAAAUGAGUAAUUAUGAAGGUUGGGAUAUAGACAAUAAUGAUGGUAAUAACUCUGGUGGUGAUUCAAGUAAUCCAAGUGGAAAAAAACGCGAAUUAAAAUAUAGAAAAAGUGCAUCAAGCUCUCGUUCAUCUGGAUUAUUCAAUUGA